GUUAGGUUAGAAUGACGAAUUUUACUGGAGAUAUGAACGAACGCGCGAUGCAUUUUUAGCAAUCGUAAAAAAAAAUCGUAAUUCGAGAUGAUGCAAUUUGAGGAAGAGGGCGAAACGUUGAAGGACAAAUCUCGAUGCGCUAAUAUCCGUGCUGAUCUAAAAAUGUGUUUGCUAAAAAGUGAUUGUUGUAAGAUCUACAAACGCACUCCCAAAGAAUGUCUUAGGAUAAAGGAUGGUACAGUUCCUGAUGAAUGCUUUGCCUUGCGUCAGACAUUCUUUGAUUGCAAGCAUUCUAUAAUGGAUGGUAGACGGCGUUUUAAGGGUCCAAAAGGAUAUUAAAUGUCAAAAUAUUUAUUUUGUAUAUAUCUAUAUAUAUAUAAUAUAAAUAUAAUUUAUG